GCCACGUGGCGUAGUGUAAUCGCCAAUAUUUCAAUCUUGUCCCCUGAACUCGAGCAUUUUCGGUCAGCGGACUAACCAACAGAAUCACUGCGUCUGGGACGAGUUUGCCGUUGUUCUACUUUAGAUUUUCCUUAUUUUAAAGCCAAUCAAAAUCACGCCUGUAACGGAGCUCUCGAGAGUCCCCCGUUUCGUCAAGCUUGGCCGAAUUAAGAACGUGAUUCAAUUUGAUAUAAAUUGCGUUGAAACAAGGGUGAACAGUUCCUUUUUUCCACUAUUGUACAUUUUUUUACAUAACCCUUUUUAUUUUUUUGAAAAUCACCCUUCAAUAGGGUCCAUUCCCCUUUAGGCUAAAGCGUCGCGCCUCAUAACCCCGACUGAAUUUGGCUGAAUUUGUGAAGAUUUGGUCGAUUUUAUGGCGACUACUAUUCACAGGCCAAGUAAGAGCAACAAACAAUCCCAGACGAAAAGUUGGGUUAGUAUGGAUGUUAAUCCGUUUCCUCCGCUUUUCCGAAAGUUAUAUUUGCAAAAAGGGGGGAGCAGGGGUGGCGCAGUGGUGAGAGUGCUCGUCUCCCACCAAUGUAGCCCGGGUUCAAAACCUGGACCCGGUGUCAUAAGUGGGUUGAGUUUGUUGUUGGUUCUCGUCCUUCCUCUGAGGGUUUUUCUCCGGGUUCUCCGGUUUUCCUCCCUCCACAAAAAUUAGCAUUUCUAAAUUCCAAUUCUAUCGGGAAUUCGAGGGCCAUGGGUUUGUCAGUCGUACGACUGUUGUGUGUUACCCUCGUUAAACAAAGUUGAUUAAUUUUAUUUUAUUCAAUCUGGCAUCUUCUUUUUGGUUGCCAUUACCGCGUGAAAAAGAGUAUUUGAAGCAGGAUCUGACCAUCAGUCAUACAGAAUCCGCUGACCAAAGCAGUGCACGUGCUUUUGAGUCCAAGAUGGCGUCGGUUAGCCAUAUUCUUGUCAUUUACUUUCUGCAAGGAUUUGUGCUUGGAGAGCCCCAGCAGAACGCGCUCAACGUUGCAAACGUGCUGUUACCUUAUGUUCCUAGAGGUUCAGUGCAUACGAAUUUCACAUUGAGAGCUCUGCAGGGGUGUUACUUGUGGGUGUCACACAGACCCGAAGUUGCCUCUAUCCAGCCUCUAUACAGUAGCGAGAUAGAAGAAUCUGUAACACAACUUGGUAGAAAAUGUUCCAAAGAAGCCAUUGUAACAGCACAGGCAAGGCUUCCAGAGAAACAAAUGUCAGAAAUAUUGGCGGAAGAAGAGGUUACUGGUGUACUAUUACGAAGUGAUGUCUUUGUAGACAUCAUUUCCUUAAUUGAAAUUGUUACCACUACACGAGAACUUUUGCUUGGGGAAUCUCCAGAAGUUUGUCAUAUCCAGGCUUUUGACUCUAAAGGGAACUUGUUUUCCAGUUUAGAAGGACUUGAGGUUGUUUGGGAGCUCAAAACAGUUGAAGGUGUUGGAUCGGUUAGUGCACAGUCUGUCUUAAGAUUUAUGCAGUUUGACAUUUCCAGUUACGAAACAUCACCAGAGAUAUAUGCUUUGGAAGAAAAGGGCUCUCGUGGAAGCAGCAUUGUUGUUGAGCCAAUCAACACAGGAACAGCCAUUGUGAAAGCAACACUAAAGGACAAAGCUUUUUCUAAUGUUGCUCCAGCGGAAGUGAAGAUUGUUGUACGGGAUAAUGUGAUGCUGGUACCAGGGCAUGACGUGUACAUUCUAGUCAACACGUCUGUCACAUACAGUGUCAUUAGACUGAACAGAGGAAAGGUUUCAGCUGUAGCUGUGCCAUCUUCACAGUUUGAGUUUGAGCUGAGUAAUACCACAGUGGCCCAGUUGGACGUCAAGAAGUCAAGUGUGUUAGGCAUUAAUAUUGGUUACACUAGAGUUACUCUUGUUGACAAAAAUAUGUUACACAUUCAUGCGGUCCAUCAACCUGCUGCUGGAGUUUACGUUGUGGAGGCAGCAUUCCUAGGUUUUAGUAUUGUCCCUCAUUCAGACUGGGUGUUACAAGUAGGAGUGGAGUAUGAUGUCUCUGUCCAGAUCUACAGUCAAGAUAAUCACAAAGUCUAUAUGACUGAUAAUAUGGAAAUUUCAACUUCCUUUGAUCCGUUCUACUUUGAAGUUUUGUCUUCAUCAAAGAAUGGUUCAUUCCAUCAUGUCAGAACUCUACAAAAGGGGACGACCACAAUAACUGCAGUGUAUACAAGUGUCAAGAUUCUUGGUACAGAUGUUGUUUACACAUUUGAGCAUCCCAUCUCAGGGCAGCAAGAAGCAGAAAUUUUUGACCCAGUGGUAGUGAACCCUGAAAUAGUCCUUUUCCCGUGGUAUCCACCGGCACCACAGAAUACGGCAGCCCAAAAUCAGUUUCAAUAUUUACUGGAGGUAUCGGGUGGGAGCGGCAUGUAUGUUUGGACAUCUUCUAACACCUCCAUAGCCACAGUAAGUACCAAAGGCAUCGUUGUGACAGCCAGUUUAGUGGGACACACCCAGGUUCGUGCAGCAGACAUGAGGAAUCUAGCUAACUUCGGAACAGCAGAGGUGUAUGUUCUUCAGCCAAAAAAGAUGGAGUUCAUUCCCUCGGUAGUUGAAGCUCAAGUUGGCACUUCAAUCUCACUCCCACUUGCAGUGGCUUGUUGUAUUUAUAAAGAGUGCCAAGAGUUGCAUGUGUUUACUGACUGCCGAACUCUUCCUGUGACGUACACAUUUUCAGACCCGUCAAUCUUCAAACUUGAAGAAGACCACAAUUAUGAGAUACAAGCUGGCAGUUGCAUGUCAGUGAAGCUUCUUGCCCUCCGUUCUGGCUUCUCUACUCUGACUGUUACCUAUCAAUACAAGGAGAUCAUUCUGAAAGCUUCUGUGACUGUUGGUGCUUACCAUCCUCUUAAGGUUCUUGAUCCUGUGGACAUUGCCAUAGUUUCCUUGUGCUCUACAAAAAAUCUCAUGCUAGAAGGUGGACCUCUACCUUGGAUUGUUGACACUUCAGGGUACUAUGAAGAAGUAAUUCCAGAUCCAUUGAGAGCUGAUGAUGUUUCCAUUGAUUAUCAUCAUACUGCAGAUUACCCUGUGGACCACAGUGGGUCUUUUCACUAUUUCAGUGUCAUUUGUCGAAAACAUGGUGAACAGGUCCUGAAUGUCAAGGUUGGAAACAAACCAUCACAAAAGAAUCCAUACCCUGCAAGUUCCUCUGUAUCAAUCAGAUUUGCAUGCAUGGAUCCUGCAUCAUUGACUAUUGUUCCUGAUAUUAAGCUUCCAACAGUGGAUGGACGUCAACUGUCACCUGAAAAUUGUGUCAGCUCAAACAAAGAGAUCCAUGUUCGAAAUAAUCAGCAGUUGAACCUUGUGCUUCACCUGCGUGAUUCUCUUGGACGAUUAUUUGAUAACUUUACAUCACUGACUGUUAUGUGGUCAACCAGUGAUCGUGAGCUGGCAGAAUUUGUUGAUAUGACAAGCUCUGUGAAGAUGAUGUUUGUUAAAUACAAGGAAGAUGAUAACCUUAGACGAGCAUUAUCUUAUCAGACUGUGAGCCUGAGUGACAGGAUGGGUGGUGUGAUCAUCCAAGCAUCAAUUGAGCAAUACCAGUGUGACAUUUUCAGAUGGUGUGGACUGGAAUUGGAGGAACCCAGAAAGUUCAAUCUCCAUGGACAUCUGAAGUUGCUGUUAGUGCCUGAGAGAAAACUUAUUCCACCAGAGGCCUCAAUACUGAAUCACCCUGAUAACCAGGUUGUUUUCCACAUUGACGGAGGUUCAGGUCAUUUUGCUGUCAAGGGAAGCAGUGAUGCCAUUGCAGAAGUCAGUUACCAAGGAAAGACUGACUUAGUGGUCGUUCCAAGGUCUGAAGGGUUAUUCACUGUAACAGUGCACGAUGUUUGCCUGGACUCUACAGGCCCAGCUGUGGUAAAUGCACAAGUGUCCGAUAUAUAUGGAGUGCAUGUUGAUGUCGUCAACAAGAUUGAGAUAUUCUCAUCAGAGACUCUACGACUACAGCUUUCGGAUAUGUUUGGCUCACCACUGCUAUUUAAAAGCCUCAAACUCCUCAAAUUAACACCGCACUUUACUCCUGACAUUUUAAACAUCAGACCAAACAUUGAAAUUGAAGACCUGAUUAAGGUCAACCAGGACACAGCCUUCUUUAAUGUCAAGGGCCUGUCUCUUGGCACAGCGAGCCUCACAUUUACAGCAUCAAUCAAAGAAAAAGGGCGUGCCACAAGUGAACCUAAGGACAUCCAGGUUUUUGCACCUUUGCGGCUAGAUCCAAGAGUGGUUGUGCUCAUUCGAGGAGCCUCAUUUCAGGUUCGAAGUACAGGUGGGCCCAGCCCCCAGGCAGCAACAAUCUUCAAUAUCGCCAACCAUACAGUAGCCACUGUCAGUAAUGUAGGACUGGUUGAGGCACAGCAGCUCGGCACAACCAACCUCACUGGACUAGUACAGGCGUCUGAUCCAGUUAAGGGACAGACCGUACUGCAUUCCAAGGACGUCAUCUUAAUACAUGUUGUGCAGCUCAGAGGGAUCAAAAUCAAUGUUGCCUCUACUAAUCUGGUCACUGGGACAAAGAUAAGCAUGUAUGCGAGUGGUUUGAACGAUGAAACACCUUUCACCUUUGCCAAUGCUAUACCCGGUUUGAAGUUCUUUUGGAGUUCAACCAAUCUUGAUGUGUGUCAAGUGAAGUCUGUUUAUGUUUUGAGUGGAGUGGCUGUAGAAAGUGAAAAUGAUUUCCGUGUAGACCUACAUUGUGUGAAUCCAGGACAGACUACUGUGCGUCUCAGCGUGGAGAUCACUGACCACCAGUAUCAACAGGCUCACCUGCAGGCCUUGUUACAAGAUGACGUUACUUUCGAGGUGUAUGAAAGGCUUGAGCUAAUCUUCCCUGCAAGUGGGUUUCUCCUUCUGCCUCACAGUGUGAACACAAAAAUCAAAACAAACAGGGAUGGUUCAGCAAGGAUAACAUACGAACUAAUAGCCGACUGCUCUCAGAACAAUAUGGCUUCCAGCAGUCCAUCUGUGGCGACUGUCAACAGAAUCGGACAGGUGUCCACCACGUCCUUGUCUGGGACAGCUGUUGUGCUUGUGACUGUCCAUGAGGAGUGUGGCAUCAAUCAAACUGUCGUGGUACAUGUAGAGGUCAAAGCAGUUUCAUCACUGACCAUCACUUGUCAAUCUCCCGUGAGAGCGAAUUCCGACAAGCUUCAGACAUUUCCUCUAGGGAUGAAUGUGUUGUUCGCUGUUACACUGCAUGAUAAUAUAGGACGAACAUUUGCUGUGGCCAGUAUUCCACUCAAAUACAGACUGAACAGGCAAGUGUCAAUCAUUCUAAUUAGUGUGUGAUCAUCAAAAAAAUUAGCCGGAGAAACGUAACAUUUUAUUAUUCGGUUUUGU